AUGAAGCAGUGUAAGAUCACUGUGUUUGUAAAAGACCUGUCCAUACGUUUAAGAAAAGAAGUUAGGGCAGGUAGUCUUCAUGUUACAACCACUGUAGUCAUAUGUUUGUCAAUGGUGUCAUUUGUUGUGAUUCUUACAGUGUUCAUAAAUAAUAAUGUCAAGAAAUAUUUGGUAUCUGAAGAUCAUUCUUACUUCCCUCAGUUGGCUGCUUUUACCCCUCUAUCAUCUUGGUCUCCAUAUCCAUAUUUUCCUUGCAACUCUUCUUUAUCUCCUCCUUCCUUGCAACAAUUGCAAUUUCCGAUCACAAGCUUGAGGGACUGGCUAGCUCCGAAGGAACUACGGCAUUCGAUGAAUGACAAGGAGCUAUUAUGGCGAGCCUCGAUGGUGCCACAUAUCGAUGAAUACCCUUACAAUCAUACACCAAAGGUAGCAUUCAUGUUCUUGACCAGAGGGAGACUGCCUUUAGCACCUCUUUGGGAAAUGUUCUUCAAGGGACAUGAAGGUCUCUACUCAAUCUACCUCCACAAGUCACUGGAAAUCACUGAUGAAGCCCCAGAAUCAUCGGCCUUCUACAAGCGUUGGAUUCCAAGCAAGCCGGCUGAAUGGGGAAGAGCAACUAUGAUAGAUGCUGAGAGACGUUUAUUGGCCAAUGCUCUACUUGAUUUCUCCAAUGAAAGAUUCGUACUGCUCUCCGAGACUUGUAUUCCAGUAUUCAAUUUCUCCACAAUCUACAACUACCUUAUGAACUCAAACCAAAGCUUCCUAGGUUCAUUUGACGAUCCAAGACACAUGGGGCGUGGUCGAUACAACAAGAGAAUGUGGCCGACCGUGACAUUAUCUGAUUGGCGUAAAGGUUCUCAGUGGUUUGAAGUUCUCCGUAAGCUUGCGAUAGAGAUGGUAUCUGAUGUGAAAUACUAUCCUGUUUUCAGAGAUCAUUGCAGGCCUCCAUGUUACAUGGAUGAGCAUUACUUCCCAACUCUCGUUACCAAAAUCUUCCCUGAGCUGAACUCAAAUAGAAGCAUUACUUGGGUUGAUUGGUCUAGAGGUGGAUCUCACCCUACAAGAUUUGUGAGAAAGGAUGUCUCUGAAGCAUUCUUGAAUCAGAUCAGGAAUGGGUUUAAUUGUACAUAUAAUGGUAGCAUCACCACAGUCUGCUUCCUUUUUGCAAGGAAGUUUCAUCCAAGCACACUAGACCCUUUGCUAAGGAUAGCUCCAGGAUUGCUUGGUUUUCACUCUUAG